AUGCGAGACGACCACGAAUUUAACAUAAAAUUUGUAAGCGUUGUAGAGGCAUUUCCCUGCCUGUAUGACAAUACGCGGGAGGAUUAUCAUAUGAGCCAUGUGCAAGAGCGGGCCUGGGCCAAAAUUGCGAAAAACAUUGGAGAAGGAGCUACCAUCGCAGACUGCAAAAAAAGGAAUCUACGUGGAAGUUACACGAAACAUUUAAAGACCUACAUGCCAUCUGGAUCUGGAGCAUCAGCGAAACGCUCAUACUAUCUCUCAGAGUACAUAUCUUUUGUUCUACCGUUCACAAAGUCACGCCAACCGAAAGGAAAUGUUGAAGCUUCAAAGAAUAACCAAGAGACCGAAGAGCUUGAACCCGAACAAUUAGGAAGUCCAAAUGAAGUUGGAAAUUACAAAAACAACCACGGGAAAAAGCACGAUAGUGAUGAUGAACAGUCGAUUACUGAAGACGUCAACCAGGAUGUAUCAGAUGUAAUUUUAUCUCAGCGAGAUAGUUUGGAAAAAAACGAUUCUCUUAAUCCAAAGCAAGGAAAACAAAAAAAAAGUCUAUCCAGUUCGUCAGUACUCAGUGAAAAUACUCGUAAACCUAAAAGAAGUAAAACUACUCAGAAUGAAGAAACUUUGGAAGUCGUAAACAAAUCUGCCUUUGAGUAUUUUGAAAAAAAGAAGCAAGCACCGUAUAAACCACCUGCUUUAACCAAUGAUGAUGCCGAUAUGCAAUUUUUGUUGAGUCUAUUGUCUGAUUUAAAAAAAAUUACUGACAAGCAGAAAAGAAAAUUUAAAGCUAGCGAAACCUCAAUCUUGCCGAUGAAAUCUUGGACGAGCCAGUAG